AUGCCGCAACGAAUAUCAAUUGAAGAGCAGAUAGAGGCCCUCGAGAGGGACCUUGCUGCUGAAGUUCAACGCAGAACAGGGUUUGAAAAAGCCAAACUAGCGUACGAUGGCAAGAACUCGACGGUAACUGUUUCUUCGACCAAUAGUGUCACGAGCGAGGCAUAUCAAGUGGCUAACGACAACUUGAAAGAAUCUCGAUUGAAAAUAAGACAGCUGACAAACAAAAUUGACGAAUUGCAAAAAGCUGACAG